UUCCGGUCCUCGCACAUUUGCCCUCCCAAUCCCCUUCUCUCCCGACGCAUCGCCUUCUCCCGCGGCGGCAAUGGCGACGCUGAGCGGAUGAUCGCGGCGACCUCCGACGACCACGCCGGCGGCAAAGUAGCAGGCUUUGCUCUCUGAAAUCAUGGAUCCAGCAGAUGUUUUGAAUGUCAGGUUUCAUUAUGGGGGAGAGUUCAUCCGCAUUGGUCCAUCCCUUGAUUAUGUUGGGGGAGAUACUGCAAUGUCAGUGCUUGAGAGGGAUAAGUUAUCACUGCCAGAGCUAAAAGGAUUUUUAGCUGAUCAUUUGACUGUGAAAGAUAGUAUGAAGAUAUAUUUUCUCAUGCCCGGGAGACAGUUAGUAAAUGGAUUAUUGUUUCUGCAUACUGAUGAAGGUUGCAUGCAAAUGUCAGAGCACAUUACUGAUGCAGGGGUUGCUGACAUAUAUGUUGAGUAUAAUGGUGAACAAGAUGAGCCAGAAGAAGAUGCUAGUGGCUCUGAUUUUGAAGAUGAAUUGGAUGAUCUGAUGGACAAUGAUGAUGAACCAGAUGCUGUUAUCACUGCAGAAGAAGAAGAUAUUGUUCAAGGCAAUGUGCAGGCAGUUAAUGCAGUACCAGAGCAAGACAUUUUGGAACAUAUCCUGGUUCCUAAUGAAGGUGGUGUGGUUACUGAAAUUAUAAGCAGCCCUGUGAAGCACAAUAUCAGAGUUGAUGCUCUUUCCCAAGGCUCUUUACCAAGGCUCUCAAGGUUCUGAACUAUGCAAAACCAUAACUAGUUUUGAUCUGUUCAUUGGUAUAUUUUGUUUGCAGCAAGCACAGACUGAUGCAUCAAGAUCUACACCUCCAGCAAGCUCUCAAGUUCCAAGAACUACAACUCCAUCUACUACCCAAGCUGCAAGAACUACAGCUGCAGCUAGCUCUCAAGCUGGUACAUCAAGCUCUCAAACUGCACCAUCAAGGUUCAGACCUCCCAGAAGCAUUAAUCCAGAGGGAAGCACAUCUGCUGGGAGAGGAAGUGGAAGAGCAUCAAGGAGAGGAAGUGGAAGAGCAUCAGGGAGAGGAACUGGAAGAGCAGCAGGGAGAGGAACUGGACGAGGAACUGGAGUAAUUACUGGAGCAUGGGGGGAUUAUUUCUAUGCAAGUGGCAAUUACUAAAGAUGUUUUCCUAGUACUGGAUAAGAUCUUCAGUAAUUGUAUUUGAUAGCUACAAGUGCUAAUAUGUGAACCUG